AUGAUUGAACCGCAAGAGUUGGACCUUGAGUGUGUUUACAAGGCAUUCAAGAAGUUUGCCAGCUCAGCCCCCUCAAGAUGCCUGACCCUGGACUAUGGUGGCGCUGAGAGGUUCAUGGGAAAAUAUUGGAAAUUCGAUCCAGGUGAGAGGCAUUAUCUGGUCACACCCUCCACGGACCAGGCCCUCAGAACGUGGUACGCUGAACUGCAGAACCAACCCCCAGGAAUGGAUGGGAAAAUUCGGGUGGUUAAACGUCUACCAAGUUUAAGGGAUGAUCCAUUCGUCAAGUUGCCUCCCGAGCUCGUCUUGCUCACCACGGAGCACAUGACCAUGGCUGAUAUCUGUCAGUGGAGGGGAGCAUCGAGGAGGACGGCUCUUCUCCCUUUGGAGAACAAGGAUUGGAGGGACAGGCUGAUCCGGGAUAUGCCUUGGAUGUUUGACGUGCCCUAUCCCGAGAUUUCUGAGUCGCCCGUGGACUGGGAGGCGUUCUACAAGACACUUCACUUGGCUUCGUUCAGCCGGGGUGAUUACAUGAGUCCAGCCCUUAUCAACAGGAAGCGGGUAUGGCAAGUAUGUUCGCCACUUGUCAAGGCUUUCCACGAGGAAAAGGCCAUCCGGAAUAAGGAAGAAGGGGAAAUACCCGAAACUAUGAUCGACGCGGUAGUCGACACGGGGCCCAAGCCAAACUACAAGACUUGCCGAGACCUUCUUUUCCUUCGCAAGUUCGGCGACUUGGACUCUGUGCACCCCAAAAUUGUGGUUGAAUGGACCAGGAACUUGGAGUUCAAGGCCAUCAAAGUUGGAAACUGUGGCUUUGUGUACAAGAAAAGCAUGGGCCUCGACCUCGAAAACCAAGUGUUUUUUCCCGAAGACGGUUGGCUUGCGGGCAUAUCGAUACGAAUCUACCACGAUGAGCCGGAUGAAGAUGAGGAAGACGACAUAAUCCCGGCUCAAACAUUAAUUACCGGGAUAUUCUUUCCCUUCAGCCUACCUCCUGUUGGUGGUCAUGCCGACUUUGGAGACCCGGAAUGUCACGCCACGCAUCUUCUCGCACCCCGAACGGGGCAUUUCAUUGUUGGCCUCAAGGUGUACGACGACGAGCAAGACAGGGUCAUGGGGAUUGAACUCAUCCAGCAGCCGUUGGCAAAGUUAAGGCGGCCGAGCCGGAGGGCAAUGGUUGAUAUGGUUUCUGCGGAGGUAUGGGAUGCUGAGGAUACAAAGGAGAAGUUUUGGAUUGGUGUUGAUGAAGAUUUUUUUUGA